GGAACCCCCGAAUUUCCUGAACAAGACAAACCGAGAGUGAUAUAGUAUUAUUUAUCGCUUUGACUUUGAAGUGUGGUCGAUUGUUUGUUUCCUGGUACCUACUCCCGAAGUGAUUGUCAGUGUGACAGACAAGACGGUCCUGUUUUUAAUAUCUUCGUCCUUUCUUUGCCAAAUCGGAUUCGGAUUUUGUACAGAAAACGCCUUGGGUUCCAUUCUUCCUCUCCCGUAAAUCCCUAGCCAAUCACAGUCCACAAUGGAGCACCUUGUCCCACUCCGUAGAGAAACCUGGAGCUUUUUCGAACGUCAGCGCAAAGUGUUCAGCGAUGCCUUCAAGGGCAUGGACUCCGAGUGGGACGAGUUUGACAAGGAGCUCGAGCGCAUGCGUAAGGAGAUGUUCACCCUGAAAGCUCUGGACUUUAACGACUUUGGUUCCAGCAUGAUCAAGCCCGAGAGGCCAAUCGUCAGCGAUGCUGAAGGCAACAAGAGGCUGUCUUUGAGAUUCGACUGCAAAGAUUUCAAGCCUGAGGAGAUCACGGUGAAAACAAUGAACAACCAGCUCAUGGUUCAAGCCAAACACACAGAGGAAUCUCCCGGAAGAAAGGUGUACAGAGAGUUCAGCCGACAGUACAUCCUGCCCCACAAGAUUGACCCCUUGACAUUGAACUCCAUCCUGGCGGCAGAUGGCGUCCUCUCCAUCGAGGCCCCCGCCCCGGAAGCUGCGGAGGCACCAAGGGAGAGAAUCCUGCCCAUCAAACGACUUUAAUUCCAUGGCGUCUGACUGUAGAAUACCCUCCAGUAUUGAUGAAUGCGUGCUUUAAAUUAUGAUUAUUAAACUGUUGAUGUUUAUAAAGGCAA